UGGAGUGGCGCUGUACUCAGGGGCCUUCAUGGCCGGAAGGGAAGCGGAGUGUCCGAGGGGGCGCCUCUCCGCCCUCCUUGCAGGAAGAUCUAAGAAGCAGAAAUGCGGACGUCGAAAUGGACAGAAGCUGCAGGAAAAAGCACUGCGUAUUUUGAGCUGCCAUCAGAAUUUGGGUGACCUCUUGCAAGAGGUAGGAAGUCCUGUCGGUAAGAAGGCAUUCGUUCCUAGUAAUUCAGGCACAGAUGGCAGAGAAACUUCAGUUCCAGACCUCUUUGUAGUCUCAGCUUUGCAGGAUCAGGCCGCUGCCCUGGGGGUGCCGGUGGGCAUUCUCUCAGCCCAGACAGCUGCUAGAAAUGUGGAGAAGAUCUCUGCAGAGUCUGGCCACGCCAUGCUGCUGAAAGGAGAGCAAAGAAAAAAGUUGUCUUGCUUGCUCCACACCUUGAAGGACUUAUCUACACAGAAUGCUUUCAGCCAUUUGCAGUUUGCACAAGAAAUGUGGAAAAUGCAGAGUCCACUUACCCUGGACAUCGCAUGGCAACUGCACAGAGAAGGCCUUGUUAGCUUGGAAGAGCUGCUGGAAAACAACCCAGAUGCCCCCACUUUGGUGGACUGGUUGUGCAACAGCCUCCGUCUUCUGUGCCACCACUUAGAAAGUCCUUCUCUGGAAACAGAGCCACUGGGGACCAUCCUGACAGACUUUGCAGCUGUCUUCCUACGUCAUAGAUUUCAGAAGAUGUAUGAGCCUGUAAAGAAGUUGGAAUUGCAGAAUCUGUCCAAAAUUUGCCGUGAUGUCCUUGAGAGAAUGCUGGCAUGGGUGCUUGAUUCUGUAGCCAAAGAGAAGCAGGAAGAUGCUUCCACCCUGAAGGCUGUGAAACGCUGGCUCUGUGUAUUCACUGUGACGGCAUACCAAGGCACAAUACACCCUGAGUCUCUGAGGGAGUUCUUCAGUCACACUUUGGCCCAGGUUCUUACCUACAACCCUCAGCUAAAAGUUUCUGAUGCCAUCUGCCUCCAGAAAGAAUGGAGCUUUGCAAGGACCAACACAGUGCUUACCUUGCUCUACCGUAAACUCUUUGUGCUGUUCAAGGCGGAGGAGCUGAUCCACCAUUUGCAGCAAGUCCUGGAGGCAAGCGAAGUGAACUGGCAUCACAUCCUCUCCUGUGUUUCCACACUGUUAAUCUGUCAUUCUGAAGCAGAAUCGUUGAUUAAAGACUUCCUGGGCCAACUGCUGAAGAACGCUUUUCAGAACUAUGACUUGGAAAACAUGAUGACGGCCUUCUUGAUCACCCGCCAGGCAGCCCUGGAAGGACCUGCAAUAUUUAUGCCUUACUCAGAGUGGUUUAAGGUUGCCUUUGGGAGUGCCAGCGGCUUCCACAGCAGCACUAAGAAGGCCUUGAUCUUCCUCUUCAAGUUCCUGUCAGAGUUGGUGCCUUUUGAAGCCCCCCAGUACUUGAAGGUGCACAUCAUGCAUCCGCCAUUUGUGCCAUCCAAGUACCGCCCGUUGCUCCUGGAAUACAUUGCUUUAGCCAAAACCCGUCUGACCGAUUUCAAGGUUUCUAUAGAAGACAUGGGUCUCUAUGAGGAUUUAUCUUCUCCAAAGGAAGCUGUCCAGCCACACCAUCAGGCAAUUCAGGAUGUGGAAAAGGCUGUACAGAUAUUUGAAAACACUGGGAAGAUCCCAGCAACUGUGAUGGAAGCUAGUAUUUUCAGACAGUCCUACUAUACUACACGCUUUAUUCCUGCUUUGCUUGUACCACGUGUGCUUCCUGAAACGCCUGACUCCCGCAUGGCUUUGAUAGACUCUCUCAAAAGGGUUGAAAAAAUUCCUCCAAACAUGUAUGCCACAUAUAUAGAAGAAUGCCAAGCUGCUAAAGAGAAACUCUUACAAGAGGAAUCAGCUGAGAUGGAGACAAGUCAUCCGAAAGAGCCCUUGGAGUUGCUCAGGGCUGAACUUGAAGUGCUCAGACUGCUGAUUACAGAUCAACACAAACAGGAGGAGCUGCCUGCUCAGAUAGCUCACAUCUCAGAGAAACUGGCAGGUGUUCUGGGACACAUGAAGGAUGAGGAUGAAGCUGCUUCCAUGAACCUUAGAAUCCAACUGAACCUUUCCAUUCCAGAAGUUCAACGGCAGCAUCAAGAGGUAGUUGAUCUUCUGCUAACAUCAUUUUGCAAGAAUGUCAUGUCUGUUUCCUACUUCCUCCCUCCAGAGAGGCAGGGAGCUUGGGCCUCCCUAUUUGUCAAAAUGAUUUGUGGGCACCGCCAGAUCUUGCCAUCCUUGCUGAGCCGCCUUUGCCAACUUAUUUAUCAUCAGGGCUCUUCUCUAAGCGAUGCUCACAUCAUAGGUCUGGCUGUCUUUGCAGUACACUUAAAUGAAGCCAAGUUGUUCAUUCCUGCAAUUGACAUCUGCUCUUCGUUGGUUCCUUUCUCCACCGCCGUAAGGGAACUUUCUGUUACUGAACUCUGGGAUUAUUUUUUGGUGUGUCAGACAGGAGAGUCUUUCAUCUUCUGCAUGAAGUUUUGUACUGCAACACUUUCUUACUUUUUAUGCAAAUUUGCUUCCCUUCCCCAUGACCACUUCUGCACCUUGCUUCCUCCUGGAUUUGUAAAAAAGCUUCAGUAUGUUGUGCCACGGCUUUGUGUAGAAGCCCGAGAUACUGGCUGGGAAGGAAACACAGAUGACCUUCCAUGGGAAACCCUAUCCCACCUCAACUUCUGCUACUCGAAAGCUGCCCUCUGCUUGUGGAAGCAACCACAUUUCAAAGAACUGUUACAGGAAAAAGUGUUCCAGCUGGCUCUCCAAGAGUGGCUGCUGAUGGAGCUGGGAAUCCAUCCUGAUGAAGACAUUCUUUCUGCUGCUGAGAGGCAGGAAUUCCAUUACUGGGCUUUGUAUCAGCACUACCUUCCUCUGCCUGCCACUGCUGGAGGCUGUGAUGGAGACUUGCAGAUGGCGUGUGCUGUUCUUAUUGACACCAUCUUGGAUUUCUGCCAGAGGUCUGAGUUGGGCAAGUGCAACCAUCCAAAUAACCCCAAAUUUUCCAUAUCACAGAGAAGAGGAAACCCAGAAAUCUACAGCAGAUUACAGGAGAUGCUGCUGGAACUGGAGUUGGAGCGCAGGAGAGCCUCGCCUGCCAUCUGUGGCAAAGAGGAACAUUUCCUUUUCCAGAUCUUCCAGGAGAGGCUCAAAGCCCUGGGGAACGGGACUGCAGUGAGAGAAAAGAUGCACCGGCAGCAGGAGCUGAUCCUUCAAACAAGGAUUCUCUUGGGUCUCCCUCCCUCAAUACUCAUUGCAACACGGCGGAAAGGAAAGGAAGUUGUUCUGGACUGUAAAGAUUUCUUCUGUUUCAUAAACACAGAGCUGAAGAAUAUCUGCUCCAGAGGCAGUACACUCUCUUACCACCUCACUGCUCACUUCUUCAGGGGCCUGCUCAGCGCUAGUUUGGAGUGUGGCAAACCGGCUCGGGAGGUGACUGCCAUUUUCACACUCUGUCAAUCCAGGUGUCCCAUAAUCCUGUGUUCUGCUGCGCGCUGGUGGUCGAGGCUGGAGCCUGUGCUCUGCUCAGAAUGGAAGCGGCUCUUUGACACUCCCCUGGCGCAGGGAUUGCAAAGCCUCAGGGAACUGCAAGCUUCUGUCAACAGCUUCCUUUCAUUAGAGUCCUCUUCCCUGGUUGCUGACAUACCCUGGCUUUCCGCUGCUUUCCUGCAUUUCACUGUUCAACAGCAAAUGGUGUCUGAAAAGUUGGGAGAGGUGUUGGAAAGGCUGGGACCUGGAACAGAACAAGUCCUGGUGUCCCUCCUCUUCUUCUUGGUUAUGGAUUUCAUCUCAACAAGAGUAGCACCACAAGAAGGAGUAGAUGCUCAAAAGGCUAUUGACUGGGCUGCCAAGGUGCUUCAGCGUUUGCAGGAACAAGGCGUCUGCUGGCUGUCGGUCUUCAGUUUAACAGGGCCAGCCCAGAGCCCUGAUCAGAUCCUGUGCGGUGCUGUGUCAGAUCAGCAUUUGAAGCUAUUGCCCAUUGCCUUCUAUAGUCUCCUCUUCACCUUUGACUCAGACCACCUGACCAGAGAGCCACAGUUCCUGCAUGUGGCUGUUGACAUGUAUGCCCAGUUGCUGCAGCUUUUCAUGAACGGGACAACAGAGGUGGGACCAAGCUUGAGAGAGCAAAGGCCAUGCACUAGGGACCCUGAGGAGUCCUUGGUUCUGAUCAGGGGAGCGCACCAGUUCCUGCUCCGUGCCAUCCACCAGUGCCCCCAGGGAAGCUUUUCCAACCUCCAACAGUUAUUGGACCUCUGUGCAACUCUGGAUCCAGAAAUCAAGGCUGCCUUGGUGGAUUUCAGCACAGAGGGGGAUCUGCUUGAUGAAGAACCACUUCUCUUUUGAUGGCUGAAAUCCAGCCUGGGUUGGAGCAGGAGGGAAAAC